UUUCCAUCAAACCAAGCAAUCUCUCUUCUCCUUCUUUUGUUCAGACCAAACAUCUGUUUAUCUCUUUAGCUUUCUGAAUCUCUUCCGUACAUUAUUUUCCCUGACCGUACGUCCUAGAAAUCCCAACAAACAAACACUUUUCCCUCCCUCUCUCUCUCUUUCUCUUCUUUUUCCGCUGUGAUCGCAGAGCCACAGAUCAAACUAAACCUCUCACUUUUUUUUCCCCUUCUCAGCCGCUAAUUUACAAGUUUGCUAACCAUGGGAAAGCGAAAGCGAGUUUCUGAUCACAAUCAGAUCGAGCCUUCUUCGGAUACCAUGCCAUGCUCCUUAGGAAUGGAGUUAUUAUCAGAAGAGAAACGUUUGAAUGCAAUUGAUUCUAGUGAACUAAAGCCUCUUUCAUCUGUGUUGGAUAUUGCGGAUAGUUCUACGAAGCUCCAAAAUGUCCACCACCCUUCUACUGCAAAUCAGCAUCAGAGCCUUGGCCAUUCAAUUUUUCUAAAACGCUCUCGCCAUCACUAUGCACAUCAGUACUCUAGACGUGGCUUGGCCAAUCUUGCUAAUGCCUCAACUUCUCGUGGCAAAGGCACUUCUUUGCGUGAUGAUAAGCUGUCCUUCAAGUUUGCUACUCAAUGCAACUCAGUGUUGGGAAGGCAUUCAGAAUACAAAGACAAGGCAUUUUUCCGGCCUGAAAGGAUCAGGUCUAGUAAUUCUUUGACAAGAGACACAGUAUCAACCGAUCUACUGAAGUUGGUGUGUGAGAUUUGUCAGAAAGCGCUGAUACGGAAGAUUUGUAUUCCUGAUAUGCCAUUCGCAACUGUUGACCUCUUGGAAGUGGCGGUUCUAGCGUGUGGCCAUUCUUUUCAUGCAGAAUGUUUGGAUCUGAAAACAAAUUUUGAGGAUAAACGAGACCCUCCAUGCCCGUCUUGUAUGGGUUUAUUGUCCCAGAUCGAUGAUGACGAGGAGGAAGAGGAUUAGUAUGUGAAAGGUUAUAAGCUCUACACCAUGAUGUACUAAUAUCUAGAGAAGAGGAUAUACUUACAUGGAAAGCUUAAAGUUAUAUAGGAAGCUUGUUUGUUCCAAGAUGACCUUUUGGUAGGCUUAGUGGGUUU